AUGAUUUCCACCACAAACCACCAAGGGCCAUCGAAUCGCCAAGCCACCAGGGCUGCUGAUUCGACUCGCAUCGUACCAAAGCCCGUCCCAAAGGCUCAGUCUGAGGACCCGAGGACGUACCAGAUCAAACAGCUGCACAAGCGCUACUCGCCCAAAGAGUCAACCGUCGAAAAUGGCGCCGCAACAGCCCUCCUCUUUGACCUGCUGCCUUCAGAUCCAGACUUCCCCUUCGAGCUUGACCACCUAAUGUGUCAGCUUCGGAUCCCAAAGAACUACCCCAAGGACUCGUCUCCCCCCACACUGGCCAUUCUGAACAAGGACAUCCCACGUGGGUUCGCCAUCAAUGUCGAGAAGGGGUGGGACGAGCUGGUGCAGGAGAGGGCCGGGUCCACACUCCUGGCUCUGGUAAACGCGCUAGACAGAAAUCUUGAGGAAUUCUUGUCCAGGAAGCAGGUCCACACGGUCAAGCUCACCAUGUUCAAGGACACAAGACAUCUUGAAGACUCGGGUGCAGGUGCUCAGGAAUCAUCACCGGACAAGGCACCAGCUCAACUUUCCGAACCCACAGAGAACAAAGUUGCUCACGUUCCAUACACCCCAGAGGAGACUUUCAACAAGGAUCAGAAGGCCGAGGCCAAGGCAAGAAGAGCACUCGAGACCAGACAGAUCGAGACCCGGAUGGGGCGUCUUCCCCACUACAAGAGGUCGAGCGAUGGUGUCGUUUAUACGCUGCCUUUGGAGCCAAAACGGAGGAAUGAGCUGCCUGUUGGCCUGCGGGGCGUCAACUCUUUUCAGCUCAUCGUCCCGGUCUUGUACCCGCUGCAGCCGCUUCGCAUCCUGCUCAAUGAUGUUGAGUCCGAGGAUGCCGAGGACGUGGAGGAGCUGUUCACCGAAAAGGCUAAGGAGAAGGCUGAGAUGACACUCAUGAGUCACAUGAACUACUUGACGCAGAAUCUUCAUGCACUGGUCAAGCAGGCUCUGACAAGGAAGAAGGAUGCCAUUCCCGCCGCGCACAUCUCGAAAUCGACAAGUGCAGACGCCACCGUUCCGGAGCUUACCAAGCCUUCGACCGUUCUCGAGAGCAAGGGGAAUGUUCAGGUAAUUCCUCGACCGCCAGAAUGGGAUUACCAAGCCGAAGGGAAAGGCAGUGGUGAGGACUCAUAUGAGUCCACAACCUCCGAGGAUGAAGAUGGCGGCGUGGCUGUGACCACCCAACCCGGAGCCUCCGGGAUCCCAGCCCAGACAAUCGAACGAGGCACGUCGAUAUCAUUCCCAUCCAUAGAGCUCCUCGGUAUCGAGCUAUUCCAAAUCUCCGUCCUCGCCCUCAGCGUAAAGUGCCAGCGCUGCAAGACUGUCUGCGAGAUUGGCGGGCUGAGACCAAACACCCCAAAGGCCACCGAGUCCUGCCGCAAAUGCGGCACCUCGUUCUCACUUACCUUUCGCCCGGAGCUCGUACACGCCUACUCUUCAAGGGCCGGUUUCAUCGACGCCACCGGCUGCACCGUCGCAGACAUGCUCCCAUCGACCUUCGUGCCGACAUGUGCUAAGUGCUCAACGCCGACGACGCAAGGCCUGGUCGCAGUCCGCGGCGACACGAUGACGAACGUGUGCCGGGAGUGCCACUCGCGCUUCACCUUCAAGAUCCCCGAGGUCAAGUUCCUCGUCUACUCGGCGGGCACGUCCGCCCUGCCGCCGACGUUGGGCCCACGCCGCCGCGACGAGAAGCUGGGCCUCCACGCGGGCGAGCCCCUCCCCAACAAGGGCGUGUGUAAGCACUACAGGAAGAGCUACCGCUGGUUCAGGUUCAGCUGCUGCCAGAAGGUCCACUCCUGCGACAAGUGCCACGACGACGCCGAGGACCACCCCAACGAGUGGGCGAAUCGAAUGAUCUGCGGCCACUGCUCGCGCGAGCAGAAUUACAAGCCUGGGAACUGUAACUUCUGCGGGAGGAACUUGGUUUCCAAGAUCGGCACGGGCUUCUGGGAGGGUGGCAAGGGGACGAGGGACAGGGUAUUCAUGAGCCGCAAGGACCCUAGGAAAAAGAGACGGCCUCAUGUCAAGAAGGAUUGA